UAUUAUUUCAAAUCACAAUGUCAGAGAAUUAUAAUGCAUUAAAUAUUUUGCUUUGUGGUUGACAAUAAAUUAUAAUUUAUACUAUACAUAAUUUUAUUUAAUAUAUCACAGACAAAAUAAUAAAUAUUAACAAUAUUGUUAAAUUGUAUAAUUUAUGAUAUUAAUACCAAUUUAAACUUUUAAGAUAAUUAAAAACAGUUGAAGUAAAGGUUAUUCUGUUCUGUUUUGACAUUUAAAUUAAGUCUUACAUUAUUUGCCAUGGAUCAAGAGGGUAUUACAGACUCACGAAAAAUUAACUUUCAAAACAACCGGUUGUGUUAUGUUGGCCAAGAUGUUACAAGUAUUCCAGAAAUAUUGGGUAAAAUGUAUGGAUCCAAAGUCAGAUCUUUGGAUCUGAGCUUCAAUAGUUUGACUACUUUAAAUCAUUCCGAACUAUUUCCUGAUUUAGAAGAGCUUGUUUUAGAUAACAAUAAUCUAGAUGAUACUAUUAAAUUACCUUAUUUACCACAUUUACAUAUACUCUCAAUAAAUAAUAAUAAAAUCACGGUUUUAGAAAACUUGGUUACACAGAUAAAAUAUAAUAUGCCUUCCUUAAGAUUUCUCAGUUUGAUUGGAAACAAAGCUUGUCCAACACAGCUAAUAGAUUUUGAAAAGGACGAAAACGAUUAUAAAAGAUAUAGGUAUUUUGUUUUAUAUUAUUUACCAGAACUUAGAUUUCUUGAUUCAAGACCAGUUACUAAUGAAGAACUAGAUACUGCUUUAACUAAAGGCGAAUUCACAAAAAUCAUUCGCCCACGUUUUGAAAAUGAACCACUUCGAUUUGAUUGGAAAUUAUCUCUUGGAUCCCAACCUCGACCAGAUACUUCAAAUAUUUUCUCCCCGCUUUCUGUUUCACCAACACAAGAAAUACAUCAUCAAGCUGCAUAUGGCCGACGUCGAUACCGUUAUGCUGGAAAACAUUCAGAGGGCAACCGUUUUAUUUUGAAUAGAGAUUUAUAAAGUUUGAUAAUAACAUUUUAACAUUAAAAUACAAGAUUAUAGAUAUAACAAAUAUUAAUUUUUCAUAUGAUAUAUUAACAUAAAUAAUUUUAAGUAAGUAAUUAACUUUCAAGAUGUUUAUAACCUUAAUAAUUAUUAUAUUUCUACAGAAUUAUCUGUUUGAAUUAAUAAUUGUUUUUGUAAAAUGUUAAUGAACUUAAAUUGAAUUUAUCAAAACUGCAAAGAUCAAAUUUUACUUAGUUUAUAUUUGAUAGCACAGAUAUGUUUAGCUUAUGUUCAUAAAAUCACUCAUAAUUGUUUGGUUUUGGUUAUUUUUAUUGUUAGGAAUUAUACAUGUAAUUGAUCUGUAAUAUUUUUAUUUAAAUAUAUGUUAUAAAAUAUUUUUAUUUUAAAA